GUCGGGUGUGUGUUUUGCUUCUUUUAUGGUUCCUGGUAGAACUUUUGCAAUAACAGUAAGUCCCCCAUCAGUAAGGAAUCCGUGUUUGUUAGAUGAUAGGAAGCUUGUGUAGAAUUCUAGUUCCAGUCUGUGCUAGUUGGUCUAGGUUUGCGACUAGUGAGAGUGAGAGUUCCUAGGAGAGCCUGGGAUACGCGCGUGUAACUGGAGUAUGUUCGACAGAUUCGAGACGUCUCUAGCCUCUGAGGAAUUUUUGGGGCGCGACAUCAAUCAGGAUGAACGCGAUGAUGUUUGAUUUGUGACCCUGCCGAGACGGGAAUUAUUGCCGGAGCCGUGCAGCAGUAACACAGGUUAAAUGUUAUGUAAUGAUGAGUUUGGGAGUGUCAGAACAAACGACCCGGAUGAUUUAUGAUUGGAUCGUUAAAAAUUGCGUCGACAAGUGAUAAACGGCUGGACCCACCAUGUACCGUGUGGAUCAGUAACUAAUGAAGCGUGAAGGAAAAAAAUCGAUUCGGGUGGAAUUCUGCCUAGUCAGGAAGGCGAAAAAAUGAGGAGGAUUCUCGUUAGUGUUUCUUAAUCCGUUUUCAUGGAUGAAGGUCCCGUUCGUUUCCUAUGCUCCUGCUCGGAGCCUCCGAUGAAAUAGGAUCCUUUCUGGAAUAUUUCGCGUCGUCGGCUCCUCCCGAGCACCGAGAGCAGCAUCCGACACCGAAGCACUAGAGUCAACUCCAACUCCAGCUGCAACAACAACAACAACAACAAUGUGAAUGCGAUUCACUUUCAUGUUUGUGUUUGUGCGCGUAUUUCCGUCGAACCGGGGUGUGGAGGUUUCCUCUCGUAGAGUAUAGUAAAUUUGUUCAUGUGAUCAGAAAAUUGCAUCCCCUGGAAUACUCGCACUCCUUUCAUACCUCUUGCAGUGAUCGGCGUUGAAUCGAAAUCAAAACGCAAUAAAAAGAUACGUGAAAGCAACAUUGUGUGCUAAAUAUUUUAAACAGAAUUACCAUUAAAUAUUCACGGGUAAGCCCCUUCCCAUGCUCUUUGAAAUACCCCCGCCGCAGGAAGUGCCGAAAGGAUUCGUUAAGCCGUAAAGCAUACUCUUUGGCUUCGGUGGUGCUUGCUUUGCUCGAGGCUUCAUCAGAGUGAUAAAUCCGCUUGGAAAACAGGAUUUGGAACGAACACUGCACGUGAAAGAGGAUUAUAAUUCGGGCCGGCAAGACACCCAACCCACGGACGACUGGGAUCGGAAGCGAUAAAUUUGAACACAGAACCCGGGACGACCCAAAGGGGCAUAGCGACGGUCGACCUUGUCUCUCGUGGUCCUUUCUUCGAAAGAUGUACGGUGUCUUUGCCGUCGUCGUCGUCGGGAUGAUGAUAGGAAUGGGAACCCGAAACAGGCAAACUAACAGUGCCGCCAGUCAGUGGCGUGGUGGGGGUGAUAGUGACUAGGCCGGGAUUCGGCUGAAAUAGGAGCACCGAAAAGGAAGAAAAAUCCCAUCUGCACGAUCGCCGGAAACAUGAAGACUCAACCGGAUGCUGCUUAUCGUGUUCCCUAGUGAUUCCCUAUCGUCGAGACGGGGGUGGGCUUGAGUUGAUAUGUGUGUGUGUGUCUGUGUGUGUGCACGUGUGCUCCACGACCAGAGGAUGUGUAUCUGAUCAAACCAAUUCAGUCAGUCAGUGUGUAUGCUUCGACAGGUUCAGCAUUGGUAGAGCUGCUAGUUCCAGUGAUUCAGUGAAAGAGUGAAUAGAAUUAGUACUACCAAUCAAUUGCGAGGGAAAAAUGGAAAAAUGUGUGAUUGAAUGACGGUGAAGACGGCGACGACGACAGCAUGACGUCGAUCGUAGUGCCAUGUUGAAUGGUCCCAGUCGACGUAUUUCAAUAGUGAGUGAUUGAAUUUCGGAAGAGAGAAGAAAAAAUGAAUCUGAAUAAAUUGAGUAAACGACAUUCGAUACAUUCGAUGCAGCAGCAGCAGCAGCAACAGCCGGGCCGACAACCACCGGACGGGCAUUCGAGCACGAUAGAUGCCGGUUUGGGAGCAGUCGCGGGAGCUUCCAAGCAGCGGAAGAAGGGGAAGUUUAGGUUCAAGGAACGCUCCAGCUCCUCGGUUCGGGAGCGAUUCGUCAACGACCCGGCCUACACCGAAGACGUGCGCCAUCUGGCCCUUCCGAUGCGGCGGAACAGCGGCCCGGAAUAUGUGGACUCGGCGCACCAGUCUCGCAAGUUUUACACCAUACCGAAGAAAAAGUCCAACUCGGUGGGAAAGGAUUAUCUACGGGGGUCGGGAUUUAGUGUCGACGUGGCGGAUGUGGGAAGGAUUCCUGCAACGGAUGCCGCGUACAACGCGCAGGUUAAAGUGAGGAGAAAAAAGUAUAAUUACCAUAAUAGUUCGGAAAUGUUGCGGUUCAAUGCGGACGAGUCGAGUAGUUCGGAUAAUCUGAGGAAGAGUGGGGGGAAAAGUUCGACGCUGGAUCGACGGGGCAGGAGUUUGGAUCGGAGAAGUGGUGGGGAUAUGGAGGCAAGGUGGUUUGAGAAGGGGGCAGAAGCGGGGGAUGAUGCGGCGGAAGCGAGGGGAAGGAAUCGGAACUUGAUUCGAAGGCAGAAUGCUGCAGCGAUGGAGGAAGGUUCUUCGGUGCUGCAGGGAGAGGAAGGGGACGAUGGGAAAGAUGGGAGCAGGAAUAAAUUUCAGAUUGGGAAGCGAUUUCUUAAAGGGGAAAUCGGUAUUAAGAGCUUCAAUUAUUACUUGCUGAAGGAGGGGCUGAAAUCUUCGAAGAAGAAUUUGUUGAAACAACGUUCGGUUCCGGCGGCAGAAGGGGGAGGAAUGGCAGGAGCAGGGGGUUUGUCCAAAAGCGAGGAGAACAUUUAUGAGGAGAUUUAUUUCGAGGAGAAACCAAACGACCCUAGCGACGAGAAAAUUCAGUUUAUUGAUUGUGAAUUGUGUGUUCAGCAAUGCAGUAACAGCAACUGUGAAGCGUGUCAUAGCCAUGUUUCGAAACAUAAACUGCAACAGCACCACCACCAUCAACAGCAGCAUAAGCAAUCGGAGAAGCAGAACAUUUACGAACAAUUGAAACAAGUACCCCCACCGGCUCCGCUGCCUGGUCCACAGCAUCAGCAUCAGCAGCAACAGCAGCAUCAGUACAAGGCAGUGAAAUCGUUGGACCUUGACGAGCUGAGCAUGUACCACUCGUCGUCCUCUACGUACGGCACGGCAUCGAGCAAUGUCCUGCAGUACCAGUCGUAUAAUCCUAAUAAUCCGAAUGUUUUCAAAAUUGAAACAACACCAGUUGCGUUCGGUUGCGAGUACAACCCCAUCCAGCAGAUCUAUUACAAACCACAGUAUGGAACGCUGCCCGGAGUGCCGAGUAUGACUGGACAGCAACAGCAGCGUCACCACAUUUAUCAGCAACCGCAAAAUCUAAUUUCGACCAGCUCGGACUUGUACCAGCAGAUCAAUAGGAAAAAAUCUUCCUCAUCUUCGGACUCCCUGCAGGCACGGAUGCAGCGUGAACUCUAUCAGCAAGCCAGUUUGUAUUACUAUCAACGCAAAAUGCAAAAUGCCGAACCGCAAGAUCCAUCCAAAAUCUACAAAACAAACUCCAAUGCAUCCAUCCUGAGCGAGAUGUCAGCCCGCAGUGAGAGCUCCCUGAAGCAUCCACGGACCGGCAAUAUGUCCGACUCGUCCCUCGGGGACUCGUUGUUUUCCUAUCCUGCCAACCGGCGGUACUUUGGCAGUUCCGAGAGCUGUCGCUUCGCGUCCGAGUGCCGCCGCUGUAGUCUGGAUGUGGACAAGUGUAGUUUCUCGGACACUUGUCGGUACGAUUGCCGAAACUGUGACUGCUCGUCCAGUUAUUUCUCGUCCGAUUUCGAUGACGCCGGCACCGGUCAGCGGAAGAGCCAUUCCCGUCUGUCCGGAAACAACAGCAACGUGAUGCAGGAUAAUUAUUCCGUUCCGGCUUACGCGGAAGACUUCAUGAAGCACGUCAGCAACGUGAAGCGAAACCAGCUGGGAGGACCGACUCCCCACCCCCAACAUCCGCAGCAGAAACAGACACCGAGUGGUAAGAUUUAUGAAACCCCAACCACGUACGCCGGCAUGUCGAAAAGGACACCCUCCCAUCACGAGCAUACCUACGAAACGUUGAAAUCCAAUCCUUACGGCAGCGUCCGGGCAACGUACAAAUACGACGAAAAUACAAAGCUGUCAAUCAGUCACAGUCACGAGCUGUUGUUGUCUCCUUCGCGGAGCAAAUUCCCCCUCGACGGGCGCUACUCCAUGGGAGCCAUCGGGCGCUACGGACCCAAAUCCUCCUCCAGCACCCUCCCGGCCUCCAUCACCGGCAAAGCCAGAAGCACCGAGUUUGGUCAACUUCCAAACACCACAGUCCCUUUGGCCCGCGAUGCCGAUACCCUCCCGAAAUCCUUCACAGCAGCCGGACCUCCUCGGGCGACGUUAUCAAACUUAAAUCAUGACUACGCCGAAAUUACCCAACUCCCUUUGACCUCAAUCCAACAACCGAAAGAACAGAAACAAACACCUCCACCCCCAUUACCCCCAAACACCGCCAAGCGCUCCAGCGCCAAGUACACGGCCCCGCAGCCCCCUAAAUCCACACAACAACCCACAACAAUGCCUCGUCGCCAAGCACCACCCAUUCCGUUGAACCCCCCGCUUCCCAUGUGCGAACCCAAAUCAAUCGCAUCCGGUGACAGAGAUAAAUCUCUGCCACGCCGGGAUCGGGCCGAGUUUGAGCGAAGCAAACGUGGGGCUGCGGCUGCCGUUGCUGCCACCAUUCAGGAUGUGGUGGCUCCCCUACCGCCACCACCCACUUCACAGCCCAAACGGAAGGACCAGGUGCAGCAGCAAAUCAGUGGUACUGGUCAACCAGGCCAGAAGAAGGAAGUGAAAAAGAAGAUGCUGCUGCAGCAACAGGAGGAAGAUGAUGGCAAUUUUACCGAUGACGAGGACGACGAGGUGUUUCUCAGCGAUAAGGUGCUGCCGGUGUACGAGAAGCCCACGUACGGAAGCAGCAGGAAGCUGAUGACGAAUCCACCUCCAAAAGAGCAAACCACAACAAACAAAGCUCCCCACGUCGCAGCACCAGCACCAGCAACAGCAGGUCAAGCGGUAACCGGUUCCAAUUUCACAUCACAACCUCCACCAGCAGCAGCAGCAGCAUCGUCAUCACUAUCAUCAUCAUCAUCAUCGUCAGCGGCUCCACUUCAAGCGUCCACAACUACUACGACGACGCUUGCAACCGUCAUUGCAGCAUCCAAACAAACUGCUCCACCGUCGAAAUCAAAACAUAGAGAGCAUCAACCCGAACCAACAGCGAACCCACCGACGCCGUCCACGCCGACGAUGGAUGCCGGUGGUGGUCCAGCAAAGCGUCGGCACUCAAACGAAAGCGAGAGUUUGCGCAGUUCCCAUGCGAUGCCCGGUGCUGCUGGUGAGAGCGUGAGCGACUUGGUGAGAAAGAGUGACGAACCCGCUGCCCUCGCCGAGGAGCCCACUGCUGCUGGGGGUGCUGGGGGUGGUGGAGACGGCGACGGCGACGGAGCGUUGUCUCAGAGGAUCAAAACAAAAUCGUCACCCGAAGAACUCAGUACCGAUCUUGCCGUCUCAGGUGAAGCAAGCGUAGCGUCGGAGCAGCAUCAGCAGCAGCCAGCCUCGUCGGGACGUCUGGCGGCAGCAGUGGCAACGAGCGCAGCAGUUUGUUCGAACAGCAACUUUUCCUCAUUCCCGGCAGCCAAGUCGAACCAAACAAGUAUCUUCACCUACAGGCACCAACAACAACAACAACAACAACAACGACAAAAACAGCUUCAACUCGGCGCAGGUCAUUAA